UGGCCAACAGAUGCACUAUGGACAGAGAGGGUGUGGCGACAGUUACUGCUGCUGAGUUUCACCUGAGAACAAAAUAAGCAAGCUUCACCAGCACUGAAACACAGACAGACCUCGAAGGACACACAUUUACUGUGGAUUAUUUCUUUACUUUAAGGUCUUAAGGUCACAAUGGAGGCUGUAUUCACAAAUGUGAGGCUAAGGGUGGCUGUGUUUUUUCUGUUAACAAGUCUGCUGAAGACAGAUGUGACAGAGGCGAUGCAGAUAACAUCCUCGGGGCCACAAACCAUUCAAAAACCCCAGGGGUCCACAGUCACCCUGGGAUGCACCUACACCCCCGGCACCGAAGACACAGGGGAGUUGGACAUUGAGUGGUCCAACGUCAGUCCAGACAUGACACAGAAAGACACACUGAUCUUAUCAUAUGCAGGGGGCCAGACACACCACUACGGCGACUCCGGCCUCUCCAAAAGGCUCAGCUUCAUAGGAAACCCCAUGCAGGGAGACGCUUCCAUCUCUGUCUCAGAUGUGAGGCUCUCAGACACAGGCACCUACCAGUGUAAAGUCAAGAAGGCGCCAGGUGUCGACAUGAGAAAAGUCACUCUGGUGGUGAUGGUUCCCCCAUCGGUGCCGAAGUGUUGGGUUGAAGGCAGCGAAGAGAAAGGUGGCACGGUCUCCCUCCGCUGCAAAUCCUCUCAGGGAUCCACUCCUCUCAGUUAUGUGUGGACGAGAGAGAGCGGAGGUGCAAUGCCAUCCACUGCAACCCAAAACCCACAGUCUGGGGAGCUCUUGAUAAGUAACCAUACAGACAGCAACACUGGAAGUUAUGUGUGUGAGGCGAAAAAUGCUGUUGGCAAAGCACAGUGUAAAUAUGAACUUCAUGCAUACAACCCAACCAAUAAGGUGGGUGUCAUAGUUGGGGCGGUGAUAGGUGCUCUCUUGCUGUUCCUCCUCCUCCUGCUUCUCAUCUGGCUUCUAAUCUGCUGCUGCCAUAAGCGUCGCUAUCAGAAAGAGGUCGCAAAUGAAAUAAGGGAGGACGCCCCGGCCCCAGAAAGCCGACCCUCCAGCAGAAACUCCAGCCUCCGCUCAGUGAUGGGGUACCGCACCCACCCUGGGGUGAACUACAGCUCUGUGAGGAGCCACCUGCCAAGUAUCAGGGAAUCUGGCCACGGUGUCAUCUACACAGGCGGGAGCAGCGGGACAUCACUGCCAACCACUGCAGGGGACAAACCUGCUCCCCUCCAAUACGACCACCAAUACGGAUACCCUGUGUAACUACAAUCCAAAUGCAUGAAAGACUUUCUUUCUUUCACAGCUUUGGUAUAAAACUGCACCCUCUGAAGAACAGACUUUUUUACUUUUAAGCUAAAGCAUCUUGUAAGGAAUACUUUAUUUACAGUAUGUUUGUGACAAAUGGUGCAAUAUAGUAUAUUUAACUGGAGAACAAAGGGAGUGCUGGUAUAUAACUACUGGGGACUCAUAAAAUCUUACCUCAGCCCUUGGACAAACAUUAAUCUGCAUCUGGCUGACUUUAAUGAUGUACUGUAGCACAUCACUACUGUUGUAAACAAGAAUAGGUUCUCCUAAUUCAAGUCCUUAUUACAACUAAAACUGUAUGUAAAUGUACAUAGUAUUUUUAUUUUUAUCUAUGACGCAAAUGUAGCUCAAUCGCAUCGUACUGCUUUUUGUAAAAAUAUGUACAAUAAAAUAUUUUUUAACAAGGGGA